CCAAUUGAAAUACAUUAAAGGGUCACAUGAUUUUCCACAAACGCUUUCGUGUUCUGUCACUGCUUUGAAAUGGUUAUACUGAAAGGAAUCCCGUCCAUACUUACGCCUGAAUUAUUAUAUGUUUUGGCGCAAAUGGGUCAUGGAGAUGAGCUAGUUCUUGCAGACGCAAAUUUUCCAACCUCAUCUAUUUGUAAAUGUGGUCCAGUGGAGAUAAGAGCGGAUGGUGUAGGUAUACCAGAACUUCUGAAGGCAAUACUGAAGCUUUUUCCUCUUGAUACCUACGAUGAUUCGGCAGCUGUCAUGGACCUUGUGCAGAGUGACAAAUUAAAGGGGCUGAAAGUGCCGGUAUGGGACCAGUACUCUGACCUCCUGAAACAAGCAGGAUCAGAUGGUAGCUUCAGGCUUGUUGAGCGGUUUGCAUUUUAUGAGCGUGCCAAAAAGGCAUUUGCUGUAGUGGCAACUGGGGAGACUGCACUGUAUGGAAAUCUCAUAAUCAAGAAAGGUGUCAUUCCGCCUGGUGAACAGUGCUGAAAGAAGGCUGUUUGGUACAGUUUUUCAGUGCCAGAGUUUUUACACCAAAUUAUAAUGCACAUACAAAAUACCUUUAUAUAUAAAAAAAGAUUGUAUAUAUAAAAAGUAUGUUAUUAAUUUAAUGCCAUCCUUGUAUAUUUUGAUUGCAAAAUGACUCUGUUCAUAAUUGUUCAAAAAGUUCAAAGAAUUUUCUGUUCAUAUUUUCUGUAAUGUGAUGUUGUAAAAUAAGCAAUAAGACAAUUUCUUUAAUAAAUAGAUUAGAGAAAAUCAUACAGUAAAAUAUGAAAAUACAAUUCAUUUUUCUUUUCUUUUUUUACUGAAAGUUUUGUGAAAUGAAAAUCAGCUCUGUUUAACCUUUAGAGAUUUAAUCUUAAAGUUUAAAUAUAACUGGUCAAAUUUUGCUUUUCAUGUUCAACAGGUGUAGCUCAAUCCCCCCCCCCCCUGCACAUUUCAUUUUGUUGCCCAUUGUUGUGUGAAUUAACAGCAGCUGAAUUGAGCUCUCUGAAUGUUCUCUUGCUAGGACUAUGGAAAUGUGAAAUGUUUGUUUUUCUUAUACUUUGCCUUAAUAAAUACUUUCUACUUUUAAAUAAUUUCAUUCAAAUGUAUUUC